UAAUUUCGUACCUGUUUUCAAACGAAAUACUUGUAAUUUUAGAUCAUAAAAGUCACAAUGAAUCGGCUUUUAUUGCGAUAGACUUUGAUACGCAAGACAUGAUGUUUUUUAUUGUCAUAUUCGCUAAACCAUUUCCGCAAACGGUUGAAGGCCACGGGAGUUCGCGCAUAUUAAUAGCACACUAAGGAACAAAAUGUCGAAAUUAUAUAAAUAACAAUUAAUUUUAAACACUAAUUAGUCUAUUACUAACAAUUAUGUAAAGCGAAAACUUAUUUCUAAAGCUUAUUAUACCACACACGACUACAUGAGUGAUACAAUUACGUGGGAUUAAUUGUGAUUCGAAAUGAUUAAUUAUUUACGGAUUCCAGAUGUUAUAUUUAUAAUUAUAUUUAAGUUGUGAUUACCUACAUUUGCAUAAAGUAAGACUCAAUUCAUAAUAUAAUAUACAUUUCCCUUAAUAAAUAAUAAUGUCUUUAUAUCUAAAGUUUGACUUAUAUAAUAAAUUACAAUUAAAUCAAAACUAACUUAAAACUAACAAAAAGCCCCCCAAUCUGUUCCCUGCGAAUAAAUAACUAAGAAACAAAUAUCUACAUAUGUGUCAUAAAAAUAAAUCCGCUUACUAGGAUUCAAAUCCAGGACCUCCGGCUCCGCAGGCGUGACUUUGCCCACCGACUACCCUAUAAUAUGAAGCUCGACUAAUCUAUAUCCUAUAAUAUAACCAUAAUUAAAUUAUUUUUACCACCACACCAGCUCGUAAAGGCUCGCUUGACUGUUCAAAAACUGAUGAGAAUGUUUCAUUUUAUACACAGAACUGGCAAAGUAAUUUGAUGCAAUUUUUGAGUAUUUUCCUCAAAUUGGCAGGUAGAAUUGAUUUUGAAUGAUAAAUAUUCCAUGACGUUCAUUUGAAUUUGAUUACAGUUAGUUUUUUCCUCGCGUUAGCGUGGUGAAAAAAAUUGUGUUUCACUAGGUGGCUAAAUUUGUUUAACCAUAGUGCCAGCCUUGAAACCCUCGCAACGCUCAAGAUUACACUUUUUGAUUUUGGAAUCUUUCGCUUGCUCGGAUAUCAAUAUUAGCGGUUAAACAACAACUUGCCCCAUUGUACAACAAAUAUCUAUGUCCUAACAGGCAAACUUCCCCCACCAGAAUCCGCCGCAAACGCAACAACUGAGCAAGGGGAAGAAUUUAUUGGGGACACAAGGCGAAUCAUGAAUGGACAUGAGAUAUUUGAUACCAGACCAUACAUGGUGUACUUGCGGCCAACGAAAACCCAUAGCAACGUGGUAGACCAUAAUUGGCUAUGUGGCGGCGUUAUCGUUCAUGAAAGUUAUGUACUCACCUCCGCGGCGUGCAUCGAAGAUGUCAAGUACUUUUACGUCGUCUCCGGAACGCACAAGUGGUUACCAGAGUCACAGACAAAUCAGUGUAUACAAAACGGCGCCUUACGAGCCGUUUGGAAAUGUGUUCAUAGAACAUAUCGAUUCGAUGGAAACGUGUUUAACAACAUACGUUGGAUGGUGAACGACAUAGCAGUUGUCAUGACCGAAAGCCCAAUUUCCUUCACUAGACGAGUAAAAGGCUGCGAUUUCAUUCCACAGAAGAUCACAUACAAUAAUAUAUCUAUAGACUAUGAAAAACCCGGAACCAAGGGAUUCAUCGCCGGAUGGGGUUCUAUUGACAAAUUCACUGACGCUGCAGAUUUAUUAAGCCGAACCAGCGUUAACUCCCCCCUGCUGCUGGAAGCGGAGACCAUCGUAAUCACCAAGGAAAGUUGCAAGCACCGCUGGCUGGCGCGCUACCACUCAAUCAUCGACAAAUACAUGAUCUGCGGAAAGCUGGCCCGUGGCGGCAGAAUGAGCGAAACAUGUGCUGAUAAUCAUGUAGAGUGCAGACAGCUAGUGUUCUCAGAGGAGGACGGACCUCGAGUGAGAAGGUUCGAGGGGAAUCCCGACAAACUUCUUCUACACUCCGCAACGGAAGUCAAGAAGAGGGAGAAGACUAGGAAAAAGACGAGACGAAUGAACGCGCGGAAAAUAUACGGAGGAUUUUGUGAGAAUGACCACGGUGGUCCAUUAGUGGUCGGGCAUGGAUCAACAUCCAUAGUAAUUGGUAUCAUGUCUACGUACAGGGUUGAAAAUGACUCUAAAUACUGCUACGGGCCUUUCCUUUACACCAGUGUUUACAAUAACAGACAGCUCAUUCAUUGUGCCAUCUAUAAAGGAGAAGGAGACGAUUGUUCAACUGUGUUAAGAGACCAAUCUAGCGUGCUAGAAGAAGAAACGUUUGAUUGGGGGAACAUUACAAUCAGGGCUAGAACAAUAUAUGAAGACGUAGAAGAACCAGUUCUUCGAAGUAGAAAUGACACCAACAACUCAGAAGGCGAGAGCAUGACAGUUGGAGUUACAGAAACCUCGCCGAGCGAUACAAGAACAACAUAACUAAAAUCGUGUUUUUGAUAAGCAGCAAUAAAAUAAUUUAAAAUUUUUGGCUCAAAA